AAAUAAAAAUAAACACAAUCGAAUGAAAGGUGAAACGGAACGGCUGCGUUAGUUUUUCAGAAUAUUUUUUUUUUAUUCACCUCGCAUUCUUGUUUCAUUGACGUUCCUCUUGUUUGUAAAUAAUAACCGCUGGAAAUAGUAUGCGAUGUGAAAUUACGCGCAUUCUUCGAUCGAGUGUACAUUACGUAAACCUUAGUUUGCAAGUUAAUUAAAGUAUGUUAAUAGGAACCUAACCUAUAGGUGGAAUCAUAGUUUUCUUUAAUAAAGAAAUGAUACGGGAUAAUGCCGCCCUUUAGGAGGAAGAAAGCUGCCAAGUCGUUCCCAGUGAAAGUUUGUACUUUGGACGCAGAGUUGGAGUUCAACCUUGAGUGGCGAGCAACUGGCAGAGAUUUAUUUGACUUGGUAUGCAGAACUAUAGGCUUAAGGGAAACAUGGUUCUUUGGACUACAGUUCGAGGAUACAAAGCACUUCAUAAGUUGGCUGAAGUUGGAUAAAAGAGUACAAGAUCAAUGUGUCUCACAAAUGCCAGGCACUCCAUUCAUGCUCCUCUGCAAACUCUAUCCUGAAGAUGUUGCAGAAGAGCUUAUCCAAGAGGUCACACAGCACCUGCUCUUCCUACAAGUGAAGCAGGCAAUACUCAGCAUGGAUAUAUACUGUCCUCCAGAAGCAUCUGUAUUGCUCGCAAGCUAUGCAGUGCAGGCAAAAUAUGGUGACUAUGAUGAGAGCGCUUCAAAGCCCGGCAUGCUGGCCAGCGAAGACCUUCUCCCUCAAAGGGUGAUAGACCAGUACCAAAUGACGCCAGAAAUGUGGGAGGAAAGGAUUAAAAUAUGGUACGCGGACCACAAAGGCAUGUCACGUGAUGAAGCCGAGAUGGAGUAUUUGAAGAUAGCACAGGAUCUGGAUAUGUACGGCGUCAAUUAUUUUGCUAUAAAUAACAAAAAGGAAACAGACCUGUAUCUCGGCGUCACAGCUCUGGGCCUCAACAUAUACGAGAAGGACAAUAAGUUGACCCCCAAAACGACUUUCCCGUGGUCCGAGAUAAAGCACAUAUCGUUCGACGAUAAGAAAUUCGUCAUCAAGUUUGUCGACAAGAGUGUCAAUAAUUUUAUAUUUUUCUCACCAAAGGGUAUGAACAAAUUGAGUUUUUUUUCACAGAUUUUAGAUUUAUGUAUUGGUAACCACGAUCUUUACAUGCGAAGAAGGAAACCGGACACAAUGGAAGUUCAACAGAUGAAGGCUCAGGCCAAGGAGGAGAAACAGCGACGUCAGAUCGAACGCAACAAGCUCGCGCGAGAGAAGCAGUUGCGGGAGACUGCGGAGAGGGAGAGAGCUGCCAUGGAACAGAGGCUGCUGCAAUACCAGGAGGAAAUCAGGCUGGCCAACGAGGCUUUGCGCCGCUCCGAGGAGACGGCGGAGCUGCUGGCGGAGAAGGGUCGCGUGGCGGAGGAGGAGGCGUCGCUGCUGGCGCAGAAGGCGGCCGACGCCGAGCGGGAGAACGCGCGGCUGCGCCUCUCCGCCAUCCGCACCGAGGAGGAGAAGGUUCACUUAGAACGAAAAACUCGUGAAGCGGAGUUCCUGACGGCGCGACUGGUCGAGGAGUCUGAGAAGCGAGCGGCGGAAGCGGAGCGGCUCAAGGCGGAACUGCUAGCGGCGAAAGUCGCGGAGAAACAAGCAAAGGAGAAACUCCUCAAUUUCCUUAGCAGAACUUCAACUGGAUCGUUACCACCUCCUCAGACAUCUAGCACAGUACCGUCAUCAAUGUUCCCUUCCACCUGCUCGCUGCCAGCAGAGCUGGGUGGCGAUAUGCUGCAGAACGGCUCCACGGGCGACGAAAUCAACUCCUACCAACUAGUGUCCGAUGACGACCCGCACGUGCACCGACUGUCGCUGGAGAUCGAAAAGGAGAGAGUGGAGUACCUGGCCAAGUCGAAGCACCUGCAGCAGCAGCUGGACGAGCUGCGCUGCGAGUUCUCCGUGCUGCGCGUGGAGCAGAGCGGCGCCACGCUCGACCGCCUGCACGAGGCGCAGGCGCGCGCCGGCGACGACAAGUACAGCACGCUGCGCCGCCUCAAGCAGGGCUCCACGCGCACGCGCGUCGCCUUCUACGAGGAGCUGUAGGCCCCAACCCCCCGCCCGCUCUACGUGAACCGGGAAAAGAUCAACUUAGACCGUUUCACACAAUUCCAAGCAUUGUGAGUAUUAUCAUUACUUACCUCCGUUACAUAUAUGUUAAUUGAACAUGGAGUACAAAGUAUUAUAUACAAUUAAAAGUGCCUUAUUAAUUAAAUAACAUUUAUAAUACGGAGAUGUAUCAAAAAUCAUAGUAAAAUUACAUAUAAAUCUGUCUUAUUUAAUUAUUUGUUUCGUAGUUUUUUUUAAGUGUAAGGAUGACUGGAGUUGGUAGGUUUAUUUUUAUAAUUAAUUUUUAUUUUUCGCGAUUUGUGGCAGCCCCAUUUAAUUUAUAUUACAUUCCAAUGGCAGAAGUAGUAAAGAUAAACACACUUUAAAUUUAUUAUACACUGAACUGAAAUAGCUGAACCUACGGCUUUCAAACUCAAACUCAAACUUCCUUUAUUCAACAUAGA